CAUAUUUAAAGUAAUAAGCGUACUUAAAAAUUGGGGAACCUUGUGGAAAACUAAUUCGUGUAUCGGAUACAAUCUAGUGCUGAGUGUCCUAGCUGAACGGAGUAGCAAUCUCGAGCCAUACCGCUGUCCAACAACUUUUCUCUUGCUCUGGCCGCAAACAAUCCCUACUUAUGAUAAUUUCGACCCAAGAGAUGAGGUAAAUUGUGGAAAUGACACUGGCACACCGGGCACUGUUUACGUGGUUCAUAGUACUCGUCUUUUUGAUCCUAUUGUGCCUGCGCCUUGAUCCGCGCACUACAUGGAAUUGGUUUGUUACAUUUACACCGCUGUGGUUCUUCGACUGCAUUCUCAUCAUCUACGUGAUCAUAAAAUUCAUACGCAAGUGGCGGAAUCUGAACCGUCUGACAGACCUGCUGCUCCUGUAUAAAUGGAACAUAGGCGGAGUGCUGCUGACCAUCACAUCACAGGUAAUGAUAUGCCUGACAUUGGAAUAUCCCCAGCAGAUACCCAUCUACGUGACCAUCGCCCCUUUGAUACUGCUCCUGAGCACCGCCAUUUUCUAUGUGGGCAGCAGGCUCGGCAAACGGGAGGGCUGGUUGAAUUGAACCCCGGAUUAGUGUACCAUUAAACGUUUAUUUUAAGUUAGCUCGUAAAUAAAAUGGAAAUUCAGAAA